AUGGACAGAAGCGAGUGGUGGCAAGGCGAGUUGGCAGAUGACAUCUACCGCGUCCUUCGAGAGAAGGAGCUGUCGCUGCCUCGGUUUUGCGCACGCUCGCCCCAGCUGCACCUCCGUCGCCACUUCGUCGACCUCCUGGCAACGCUGAGCGAGCGCCUGCAGCUGAGUGUGGCCACGCACCACCUGGCCAUCGCAAUGUUAGACGUGUUCAUGGACCGCCACGACAUCACCGUCCGCUGCCUCUACACCUGCUCAAUCUGCUACCUCAUUAUAGCCGCCAAGUUCGAGGAGAUGGAUGAGCAGGUGCCACGACUGGACUGGGUGAACCGGCUGGAGGUGAUGACCAAGCAAGGGCUGAGUCUGUCCAAGGAGGAAUUGCAGCAGACGGAGUUCCUGCUGCUGUGUACACUCGACUGGAACCUGUGCACGCCCACAGCGGCGCACUUCGUGGACUACUUCCUGUGGCUGUCGCGGCGUGAGGACGCCCCGGCUGGAGGCUCGUCCUACCGGCACGCGUACACGACCAAGUACACGGCCCACUUCCUUCAGCUCGCUCUGCAAGACCACGUAUUCCUGAGUUUCCGUCCAUCCGUGGUGGCGGCUGCAAGCAUAGCAUUGGCCCGUAUAGAAGUGAAGCUGCCCUCUGCGUGGACUCUGUACAUGCAACACUUCACUGGCCUUGCCUGGGAGGUGAUCCUGCCGUGCGUGGAGCAGCUGAUUUGGUGA